CAUAAUGUUGGCCAAUGCUGGAUACCAUGCACGUGUGUAGUUGCAACAUUUCUGACUGAAAUUGUGUGAAAUUAUUGCUGAAAGAACUUCUAAAACCAUCGUUUCAGGAUUUUUGUGCACAAAGGAACUCCACACUUUUUGGCAACAUGAAGAUACUUAUCCCAAUAUGCGUCGUCUUGCUUGUGACACUUGCCAAUGGUGAACCAACACCCAUGUCAGCAACUACAAUACCAACCACACCCCCAACAACAACUGCUGCUAAAACAACUGCUGCUAAAACAACAACUGUCCCUACAACGGCUGCCCAUACAACAACAGCCCAUACAACAACGGCUGCCACUACAACAGCAGCAACUACAACAGCAGCAACUACAACAGCAGCAACUACAACAGCAGCAACUACAACAGCAGCAACUACAACAGCAGCAACUACAACGGCUACCCCUGUAGUCCCACUGGCUAAAUGGAUCGUGAAAGAUAGCAAGGGCAAGCCGUGCAUCUUGGCUGACUUCAACACUGUCUUUAGUGGCUUCUAUACGACAGUCAACAAAACAGAAGCACCAUUCAGUUUUGUGCUGCCUCCUAGUUCAACUGUCGAUGCCGCCCGCAGCAAGUGCGGAACUCCAGGGUCUAAAUACGCUGUCUUGGUGUUGACCUUCGAUGAUGGGGAUUCCUUCACUCAGGAAUUCAAAGCUGACACCUCGUCCAAGACAUUUGUCCUGUACUCUGCCUCCGCCAACCUGACGCACGAUAAGGCUCAUUUUAAUGGCAGUAGCGAUGAAGGUAAGGUCAUUACAUAUGGUGGACUCUUGCCAACUGCAGCAUUCGAGACCAGCCUGGGAAGUUACUACAGAUGCGCUGCCAAGGAGAAAGUGGAGUUCACCAAGCAGAAGUUUGCAAUCUCCUACACCAAUCUGACAAUCCAGCCAUUUGAUGUCAAAGACAAAUUUGGAAAAGUGAGUGCGUGCCCAGCCGACACCCCAACCGUCAAGCCGGACACCCCACCAGUCGGUAGCUGGAACGUUACCCAGGAUAAGAAGCUCUGUAUGAGGAUGUCCUUUGCUGCUGAUCUCUUCAUUAACUACACCAUGAAGAAUGGAACGAUGAGCACAGCUGGUAUUUACCUCCCCGUGAAGACCCUCUAUACGAACGAUUCUACCUGCAUCAACGAUACGGCUCUUUUCGUGAUGAAGUUUGCGGCUAAGCCGCAGUUUCUCAAGUUUGAUGACUGGAAGAUCACCAUGACCUUCAAGAUGAACAAGACUGAUAAGAACUAUGCCAUGUCCAACUUCGCUGUUGAGUAUAAUACCAUGGACAAAACUAUCUUCCCUGACGUGAACGUAACGGCAACAGUGAACUCGGUAAACAAGACAAAGCGCUUCCAAACAGGGCAGGGAAACUACUAUCUGUGUGACGCAGACACCUCAGUGACAGCAAGCCUGUUCAGGGCUGAGUUUUCUCAUCUGAAGCUACAGCCGUUUGCCGAAGACAUUAAGGAUGGUAGUUACGGAACUGCGUCAGAUUGUGCUGCAGACAACACUAUCAGCAACAUCGUGCCAAUUGCCGUUGGUUGCGCCCUCGCUGGCCUCGUCAUCAUUGUACUUAUUGCGUACCUCAUCGGCAGGAGUCGCACCAACAGGUCAGGGUACCAGUCAGUCUGAGAUCAGUCUGCAUCUUAAAAGGUGUACAUUCUUACUCUUGUGUCUUUUCCCUGUGCUUUUUUCCUUUUUUCCCCUCAUUUUUUUUUCUCUCGAUGCGAUUAAAUUUGACAAAAUGAUUGAGCUAAGAAUCCUAGAUUGAUUUACCCUUGCAUUGAAUGUUCAUUCAAUAAUAAUAAAAAUAAUAAUCGUGUCUACUAACUAUAUAUAGUGCGCACAACCGUCACUCAGUGGCGCUCCUGGCGCUGUAACAUGCUGCCAAUCAGACCAGGAACCCCUUCUUUUGAUAUCAUUCUAAGAUGUUUUUCUUCUGGCCAAAUUUCUCCACCAGUUGAUGGAUGGUGUCAACAAUUUAGAUGUUUGUGGGUUAUGAAAAUUGGUUUUAAAAGUGUUCGCGUUUCGUCACUGACAAUCAAUUCUUGCUCAAUCAUUUUGAAGAGUGCUUUUAUCAAAAUCUUUGUUAAAAAAACGUUGUUUAAUUGUGAUAAAGAAUGACUUUUUUUUUUCCCCUGGAAUAUGAAUCCAAUUGGAAUAAACAUCUUUAAAUGUUAUAGGAGUCAUUUUGAGGAUUGAACAUGUUCAGCUAAUUAAGUGGGAGUCUGCACACCAUUUAAAUCCAGGAAUAUUUUAUUGGUAUGCAGCAGACGUGUUUAUAAAUAUUUUGAUUUACUCCAGAUGUUUGGGUCAGAUUUGACGCAUCGUUAGCUCAUAGUACCGUUCUCUAUAGUGUUCUGCUAUUACAUGUAUCUGCUUUUAUAAACCAGGGUAAAUCUGCGCACACAGAAUACCAGAGGAUCUAAGCUAAUAAUUUCAGUAGUUAAUAGUGUAAGUGGUGAAGUUCUACAGUGAUCUUUAAUUUUGGAUUUUUGUGGACUUUUUAUUGUAAGUGUUUUUUGGUUUUUUUUUUUCUUUUUCGGGAGGGGAGAGGGGGUGCGGGCGUUCGAUCUAGAUGUACAUGUAGUGUCAAAUAUAUCAAAAAGAUGUUCGGAUAGUUUGACAUGGAGUUGGAAUCCAGAUUUGAGUCAAGUUUUUGGAUGAACGCUUUAUAAAUAUGCAAGCUGGCUUGAACAUAAUUAUGUUCGUACCUAUUACUUGUUGUGUAUGAAUUUGGAUACAGCCCAAGGCUAUCAUUAUAAUGCAGGUUAGGGUGCCCUCUUUAGAAUGGCACCCUGUCUGUGUUGUUUGUAUUUGGAUGACUCGAGGGUAGGGGCACCAUACUAGGAUGACUGCCUAGCAUGAUCUGAUUUGUAUAUGAACAUAAUCUUAUAUUAAAGCAAAAACUUUACCUAUAUAUAUAUAAAAAAAAAAAAAAAAUUCUUGGAGUAAUUUUUGUUCUUUUGUCAAUUUUAAGUGUUUCUUUUCUGUAAACCAGUCUAGUACAUGUAUACUUAUUUCUUCACAAGGGCAGCACGGAAUGUGAUUUUAGGUUUUAAUAUUAGUUUUGAUGCAAAUAUUAGAAAUAAUGUUGGGGUCGGUGGGUUAUAUAUCAAAAUAAUUGUGAUAAAUUAUGCAAUGGGUACUAAGGCAAUUGUAUUAUGCAGGGAUGUGCCGAAAAACAAUGUCGUCUCACGGAGGAAUUUAGGAUCACAUAUAAAAAUUCUGUAUUUAUAAGGAGAUUUGGUAAAAAUUUAAGAAGAAAAAAAAUUUGAUUGAUUGUAGUGUAACACAUGACCAUCGACAUGUAUAAAUCGAGUUUAAUGCCUAAAAAUAUUACUUAAUGUUUAAAAUAAUGCCACAUUUGUUAUUGUUAUUACUGAUACUUUUCAACAUGUUCUAAAAUAAAGUAUAAUCAUUUACUUUUGAAAAAAGUAAGUUUAUUAUAAAUAAUCAGUAUACUUUUUUAAUGUUGCAAGUUUAAUUAUCUGUUUUGUUUUUUGUUUUUUUGUUUUUUUCGGUUAAUUUUUAUGUUAUUUCAGCUUCAGUAGUUGUCACGUCAGAGAAGUGUGGAUUUUUUGCGGUGUCAGUAAUAGCCUUUUUUCCUACCACAUUACUAGACAAUACCACCUACAUGGUUUUGAAUUAAUAACUUCUAAUGUGGUAUCACAUCGAUAAAGGCAUGCAUCUAAAGUACACAGUACACACACAGACACACACACAGAGCUGUGUUUAUGGUGCAGACCGAGGACUUCUCUUUGUUCUCCCAUUGUUUGGACAUAGUUUAUAUUUCAGCUCUCUUUUAUAAGGAAAAACAUAAAUUUGUAUUGGAUUUUUGCAAUGGGAGCCACAGCAAAACCACAUGCGCCACGGUAUUGCUGUGAGUCAAUUUAAGACCUGGUGCAAUGACACUAGUGAGAUGGACAUCUUCAUCAACUGCAAAAUCCCCUACUGCUCUGAUGUGACGUAGUGUUCCGUAGGCGUUUAGGAACUUCAACAUUUUUACAACUUCUAAACUGAAGAGAGCAUGUAUAUAACUGAAUGCAAAUAACUGUUUAUCACUAGUAAACAGUUUUCAUUGUGAUUGUAUGGUACAGCAUUUGCAACCUAUUAAAAAUAGGUCAAAUCAUAAAGUGAAACUAAGAAAUGUUGUAGAUGUCUCUGAAUUUGAUUGAAAUAUCGUUUCAAAUUAUAGGAAAGAGAAUUUUUGGAAUCACUUGUUUGGGGCGUGGGAAAUAAAAAAUACAGUUUUGUUAAUUCGUAAGUUGGAUAGAAAAAGUGCAUGUAACUUGAAUUCUAAGAAUCAAGGUUGUCAUGUCAAACUACAAAUAAUUAUCACACGUACAAAUGCUAUACCUUUAAGAAUUAAGUAAUAAUGCGGUUAUCAAAGUUUGUUUUAUAUGGAAAAAAGAAUAAGAGGAAUAAAUAUAGUUGGUUGUGGGAAAUUUUUGAAAUUUGUUGUCAACAUUUUAAGCACAAGUAGAAGUUAUUUAUAAGGUAAAAAAAUAAAUUGAACUCUGCCCAAACAAAUUCACCCAAAUUAUUGUAUGGCCCACUUUCAUGGCGCUGCAUCAUCACAAAAAACUAGCUAAGCACGAUACAAUUCUGCUAACCAGAAUAAGGUUACCAACCAAAGUACCAUCCUCAUUCACUGUUUUUUUGCUGGUCUGAUUGUGUUUGUGAUUGAUAUUUUGCUUAGCAGAAUAUUGUGAAACAUUGUCCUCUGCUUAUUAAAGAAACAUGUUGCCUUGGA